UUCUAUAUACACACACCUUCUUGUCUCUCCAUCAACUCUUUGUAUUCAUUAAAUUUCUCUUCUUCUUCUUUACUAUAAAGUUUUUUUUUCCUUCAUAUUUUCACUUUCAGUUUCUCUUCUUAUUCAUUCAACAAAAAUUAUGUCAACAAUAUUUUUCUUCACUAUUUUUCUAUGGUUCAUUAUUUUGCUUCCUUUCACUAAUGCCAAUUGGCCACUUUCACCUGGCUAUUAUCCAAGUACAAAGUUUAGGUCUAUGAGUUUUUAUCAAGGAUUUAAAAAUCUUUGGGGUCCUAAUCAUCAAAGUGUAGACAGCAAUGGCAUUGAUAUUUGGCUUGAUAGAAAUUCAGGAAGUGGAUUCAAGUCGGUUAAACCGUUUCGAUCCGGUUAUUUUGGAGCUUCUAUUAAACUCCAACCCGGUUAUACGGCCGGAGUUAUUACUGCUUUCUAUCUUUCAAAUAAUGAAGCACAUCCAGGUUUUCAUGAUGAAGUGGACAUAGAAUUCCUUGGAACAACAUUUGGAAAACCAUAUACAUUGCAAACAAAUGUUUAUAUUAGAGGAAGUGGAGAUGGUAAAAUUAUUGGAAGAGAAAUGAAAUUUCAUUUGUGGUUUGAUCCUACAAAAGAUUUUCAUCACUAUGCUAUUUUAUGGAGUCCUAGAGAAAUCAUAUUUUUGGUGGAUGAUGUGCCAAUAAGGAGGUAUGCAAGGAAGAGUGUUGCAACAUUUCCAUUAAGGCCAAUGUGGUUAUAUGGAUCCAUAUGGGAUGCAUCUUCAUGGGCUACUGAGGAUGGUAAAUAUAAAGCUGAUUAUAGGUACCAACCAUUCUACGGAAAAUUCAUGAAUUUCAAGGCGAGUGGUUGCACCGCCUAUUCAUCACGGUGGUGCCACCCUGUGUCCGCCUCGCCCUACCGAUCCGGUGGCCUUUCUAGGCAACAACGUCAGGCCAUGAACUGGGUUCACCGUCACUACUUGGUCUACGACUACUGCAGAGACUCUAAAAGAGAUCACUCCCUUACACCGGAAUGUUGGCGUCGACGCCGUUGAAUGAAGCUAUUUUAUUGGUUUCCUAUUCAUCGGACCAACGGAGCUAAGCGAUCUGCUGAAGCUGUGAGAUGUAAAAAUACAUCGAUCAUCCACGUGUCAAUCUUUCAUAGGAUUAAUAUCCUAUUUUGUGUGAACUACCCUUUUUUUUUUUUUUUAAUUUAAAAUUAUUGGGUAUGGGUUGGGGUUUUGGGAGGGGUCUUGGGAUGGGUCCUACUUGUCAAUAGCAAUUGCAAGAGUUAUUGAGCAUCCAAGCCUAUAAACUCCAAAAUGAAAAAUUAUAAUACAAAAAAAUAAUGAAAAUGGUGUGUCUUUUUAUUUAUGAAAUUUUGUGCACACAUUAAUUUAAUAUUUUUAUUUUUUAUUACCCAAAGUUUUUUUUUUUUUCUUUUUUGGAAAAUCAUAAAAGAGGGUCAUGGACAAUUUAGGACUAUGCAUGGAUGGUGGGGUACGAAAUAAGUGCUUUCAAUGUUGUUAUUUUUCUCAAUAAAGAAUAAAGUUUUUUUGUCUUUA